AUGAGCAACCCUUUUGAGUUGCUUCAGGCGGAUGAGAAUGAGGAUCCGGAGGUGAUCGCGGCCGCUAUCCCCGCGGUGGCGAAGGCCGCCGCGCCAGCCAAGCCUGCUGCCAAGGAGGCCCCCAAGGCUGCGGUCCCUGCCCCCCGGGAUGCUGCCAAGACCGAUGCGGGUCGUGGGCGUGGCCCUGGGCGUGGUGAUGCGCGUGGCAGGGGCCGUGGCAGGGGUCCCGAGCGCGGAGAUCGCACCGAGGAGGAUGCCGGCGGUGAUGUGGACAGGUCCGGCCGCGGCCGCGGCGAGCAGCGUCUGAGGAGCGAGGGCCGGGGCCGUGGUGGCCGUGGUGGGCGCGGCAGCUAUGGCGAGAGGCCGCCCAAGCGCGAGUUCGACCGCCACGACGGCACUGGCAGGGGGAAUGAGACCGAGAAGCGCGGCGGCGGUGGCAGGGGCAACUGGGGCACCGACCGCGAUGCCACCGAGGCGGCCGUCGAGGAGGCGCCCGCUGCUGAGGAGGCGGCCAAGGCCGAGGGCGAGGAGGGCGCCGCCCCCGAGGCCGAGGAGGCCGCCCCCGCUGAGCCCGAGGUCAAGGAGAUGAGCCUUGAGGAGUACGAGGCGCUGGUGGCGGAGAAGAAGGCGGCCCUCAACAAGGCGCGCGGGGAGCGCAAGGUGGACGCCAGCGAGUUCAGCGGCCUCAAGGCCGUCACCAAGCCCGAGGAGGAGGUGCUGCAGAUCAACGCCAAGGAGAAGAAGUGUUGGUAG